AUGCAUCUUCAUGUUUGGGGAUGCAAAGCUGAGGCUAGAUUGUAUAAUCCUAUAGAGAAAAAGUUAGAUCCUAGGACUCAAAAAGAAAAGUUUGAUGCAGCUAUACCUCCAGAUUAUGUCUCGUUUACUGUACCAUUAAAGUUGUGCACAGAAACUGCAGCUAUCCAUGCAUCUCCUGAAGCUGUAAAAGCACAAAUUGCCCACUUAAUUAUUGAUCAAUCAUUACCUUCAAUACAACCAGACAUUGGGUCAUCUAGUGCUUCAGUACCUCCUUCGUACCCUACAAUGAAUAUUCAACAAGUGUUCAAGAGCCAAGCCAACGUUCACAAAGGAUUAGAAAGUUAG